AUGGAUGCGGAUAUAGAGCGAAAGAGACGUACCAGCCAACUCCGAAACCGUAACGCCAUAGUGCUUAGCCGGGCGUUUUUUCCUUUUUUUUCUUUUUUGCCUUCUUUUUUUCUAUUUCUGUCUUUCUAUUUCGCUUUCUUUUUUGCUUUCCUUUUUUUGCUUUCAUUUUUAUUCUGUUUUACUUUCUUUUCUGCUUACUUUCUUGCGUUCAUAUUUUGCCUUUUUUCUUUCUUUUUUGCCUUCUCUUUUUCUUUCUUUUUUUGCAUUCUAUUUUGCCUUCAUGUUUGCUUUCUUUUUUGCUUUUUUGCUUUCUUUUUGUUUUCUUUUUUCUUUCAUUUUUUCUUUUUUUGCUUCUUUUUUGCUUAUUUUGCUUUCAUUUUUUCUUUCUUAUUUGCUUUUUUCAUUUUUGUUUACUUUUUUGCUUUCAGUUUUAUUUGUUUUGUUUUCUUUUUUAUUUCCUUGUUUUGCUUUAUUUUUACUUUCUUUUUUGCUCUUUUUGUUAAUUUUUGCCAUCUUUUUUGCUUUCUGUUCUUGCUUUCUUUUUUGCUCUCUUUUUGCGUUUUUUUUUGCUUUCUUUGCUUUUCUCUUUUGCUUUUUUCUUUCUUUUUUGUUUUCCUUUUUUGCUUUCGAUUUUUGCUUUCUUUUUUGUUUUCCCUUUCUUUUUUUGCUUUCUUUUUUCCUUCUUAUUUGCUUCAUUUUCUUUCUUUUUUGCUUCAUUUUUUCUUUCUUUUUUCUUUCUUUUCAGGAUCUUUUCAAAUUAUUGCUAUAACUGACACCUCCUCACUAACUUUCAACACCACAUCCUCUCCCCCAGUCUGCUAUUGCUCUGACUUUUUCUUCUUUGCAGCUACCGCUACCCACUCUAUCAUUUUCAUUGCCACAUGCACGCCCAUCUUCUUCUUCUUCUUCUUCUUCUUCUUCUUCUUCUUCUUCUUCUUCUUUCAUUCUUCUUUUUCUUUUCUUUCUAUUUCUUCUCCUUCCUCUUCUUCUAUUUCUUACAUUCUUCUUCUUUCUCUUCUUUUACUGUUUUUCUCUUCUUCUUCUUCUUCUUCUUCUUCUUCUUCAUCUUCUUCUUCUUCUUCUUCUUCUUCUUCUUCUUCUUCUUCUUCUAAUACGCCCACCGUUUCUUGUUUUUGCUACCACUGUCACCUCCUCCAUCAUUUUCAACACCACAUCCUCCCACUUAUUCUUUCUCACUUUUUCUUCUAA